AAAGGUUCAUCUACUCAUUAUGUGCAUGUGGAGAUCAACUCGUUUUUUUAUUUGACUGUUGAACAUUUAAAACAAAACCGUAAAAACUUUUGGAACCGUAAAAACGAAGAUAAUUACUUUAUAAGCAUGAAAAACAAUCCAGUGGACAGCAAAAGGGCAGAAUAUUGGUAUAACAGAAAGCAGUGAUCGUCUGACAAAAAAAAGAAAAACACCAUUCUGUUUGCAUGCGUUGACUGAAAUUUGAAGAGAUGAGGGUUGUGUCUUCCAAACCUGUCCUCCUGUUACUGUGGAUUCAGAGUGUAUAUGGAUGGAUGCAUUCUAAAUGCAACAUUUAUGAUAACCCUGAAAACAUUGAAGACAUGCCAGACAGCGAUUGCUUACAAGGCUAUUCCAAAGGUCUCACAGCUUCCUGUCAAUACUUCACAGACAUCGAAGAAGAUCUACAUGGACUCCCUCAAAACAUCAAUACUCUCUGCAUAUCCAUGACUACGGAUAAAAAUGGUAUCAUGUCUCUAGAUUUUUUCUCUCAGUUUCACGACCUGGAGUACCUGUAUAUUAAUGGCUGUUUUUCACAAAUCCUUCCAACUGGGAAUAGCCAGGGCCUUCCAAAUCUGCACUACAUGGAGUUGAGUGGACAAUACGCUGGGUGCUGUGAUUGCCAUAUUGGGCCUCACACAUUCAGAGAUGUAGUCAAGCUAAGUAAAUUGAUCAUAUCUGACUUUAGGUUAUCAGCAAUGGCACCAGAUGUGUUUAAUGGCAUACCUCAUUUACUAACUGUCUCCAUUGGUAACUCCUGUGUAAAAGAUUUGUCAGAGAUACUAUGCAGAUUAAUGUAUGUAAAGUCACUUACUAAUUUAGUUGUAGAGGCACAGGAAAUACAGACAUUAAAUCAAUCAAAUUGCCCAAUCUUAAACACAAAUGAGAGCAUGACACCUGUUUUUAACAACCUAAUGAGGUGUUCUUUAAAAUUUGGUAAAAUAACACAUAUAGAGGAAGGUGCUCUGGAUUGUUUUAAGAACCUGGAACUUUUCGAAUCUUACCUAAACAAGGAACUGCUACUACAACUGCCCCUGUCUGGAAUUAAGCAAAUUCAUUUGUUGAGAAACCUCGGUAGUGAACACAUUGAUUUUAAAAGCAUCUGCAAUCUAGUGUUUUUGCUUUCAAUCAAAAGAAUAGAUUUUAAUACAAACUAUCCAAUCAGCCUUUCAAUGUACCAUGUUGACUUGUGCGUAGGACUGGAAUCUAUUGUUCUUACUAGAGAUUAUACUUUCUAUCCAUCCAUCUCCCAAAUUAAAUGGAAUUUUAUUUCCACUCUUAAGAACGUUGCAUACUUAUCUGUAUAUGACCGCACAGAAAACAGUCUUGAUUUGUGCUCCUUCCAAAAACAACCAAUCACAUGGUUAAACAAACUUGUUUUAUAUUUGAACAUAAACAUUUUUUUUUCAAAUCAAUUUAGUUGUCUUGUAAACCUGUUAGACCUUAAAUAUAAAAGUAAAUUAUCAAAUAUUGAAGACUUUGCUUUCCUGGGCUUGAGACUUCUGGAGUACUUAGACCUGUCAAAUAAUAACAUUACACACAUCCAUGCAAAUACAUUUUAUGGUUUAUAUAGUUUGACAUGGUUGGAUCUCAGGGAAAAUCCACUUAUUCACAAUACUGAGUCUUUCACACAUCUUACAUCUUUAAGAGAAGUAUUUCUUGGGAAAUUGAACAGUCCACUAAGAGAACCUGUGAUAAAGCUAAAUCUAACACUGAUAUUUGGUGACAUUUUGAGUCAACUGACUCACCUGUAUAUUACUUCAAGUAUGAGACCAAUGUAUUUGAUUAUUGGCAGUAACAUUGAAUCCAAACAGAACAUGAGUCUUAUACUGAAAGGCCAGACUGUGUCCUUUGAGGACUGUGAAAGACCAUUCUUUAAGUCUGUAAUCCAUCUUGAUGUUGAUGCUGAAGAAUUCCUUUGUGGAUCUGAAUUCAUGGGAAAGUAUUUCAAAUCUGUGGAGACAUUUGUGUACAGAUCAAAGCUUUCAGCUAAAAGUUAUGAUAUGACAACGAUUAAUCAACUGAUUCAGCUACAGAAACUGACUCUAUAUUCAGUGGAUCUUAUACAACAACCUUCUGCUGACAUCAUUUUCCACAACCUGACAAAGCUGGAGGUUCUGAAACUUUUAGACUGCAAGAUUUAUUCUAUGGAGGGUAGUUUAACUAAAGAUUUAAAAUCUUUAAAAAGAUUGCAUUUACGAAUCAAGAACAUAUAUAAUGUAUUAUACAGCUUUCCUGAAUCUCUUUCUGGUCUUAAGUAUUUGCUAUUUAAUGAGUUACAUUUGUUUUGCAGUUGUGACAAUGCUUGGCUUAUUGCAUGGGCAAAGAGGAACAGGCAGGUUGAAGUGAUCUUGAUUUCUAUUAGAUACAUUAUUUGGGACAACUUGACAUGCUUGUCAGACAAUGGAAUAGACACACCUAACUUUGUCAAGUACACAGAAGCCAACUGCACAACAGAGAUAGACUUUAUUCUCUUCACUGUGACUGGCCUGGGAGUCCUGUUCUUCAUGCUGGUGGUGUUUCUCCAUAACCUGUCUGGCCACUAUCUUCUCCCCCUCUACCACAUCACCCUUGGCUGGCUGUCAGAGGCCAUGAGAUCCAACACCAGGGGGCGCUACGACUACGACACCUUUGUCUCCUACAGCGGGAAGGACGAGCUCUGGGUGGUGGAGGAGCUGCUGCCCAACCUGGAGCAGAGGGGUCCCCCUUUCCUGAACCUCUGUCUGCACAGCAGAGACUUCCAGUUGGGGAAGGACAUUGUGGAGAACAUCACAGACAGCCUCUAUCGGAGCCGCCACACCCUCUGUCUGGUCAGCCGCCACUACCUUCACAGUAACUGGUGCUCCCUGGAGUUGAAGCUGGCCACCGCCAGACUGCAGGUGGAGCAAAGAGACAUCCUCCUCCUGGUCUUCCUGGAGAAGAUCCCCCCUCGCUGGCUCUCAGCCCACCACAGACUGGCUCGUCUGGUAAAGACCAGGACCUAUCUGGACUGGCCUCAGGACCCCCAUCAGCACCAGGCAUUCUGGGACAGACUGUGGGAGAAACUGAAACCUCCCACUGAUGUUUGAAAUUAAAGUAUAAUGUAAAUACUAAGACAAAUAAUGUUGGAAGGUAUUUUGAGUUAAAGAAAUGGUAAUUUAAAGGUCUAAGUACAAAUUGUCUGAACAAUUUGAAGUGUGUCUUUAAUUUAUUUAGUCAUUAGUUUAUAUUGAGAUUUAAUACAUUUUUGUUCAUAAAAAUCAUAUUGCUAACAUAUGUAUUUUGUGUUCUGUGUGUAGUGUAGUGAACUGAAAAGGUCUAUUUGUGCUUUUGUUAUUUUUCAGGUUAAAAACGAGUUGGUUCGUGUUGUCUACUGAGUACUUCUUCAAAUAACAUAUGAUUGACCAAUUAUUUUAAUAUCUUUAGUUCUUUACAGAUGAGUAGUUGGUAGUUAAUGAAAAAAUCCCUACUUGAGGAAUGUCUCUGUGGUUUCACCAUAGUCAGAAAAUCAUUUAGCGCUGAUUGUUUUGAGUUUAGAAGUUUAAUUGACUGAGAACACAUUCCUUUAGGCUUUUCUAUUAUGUUUUUUAUUGGAACAAAUCCAUUACAGAACUUUUGAUAGGAAUACAUCAUCCAAUAACAAUCAUACAGCAUUGUUCCAAGUCAUGAUUUUUUGGGGUAUAAUGCACUUACCUUUUAUAUUCAUCGGCAUUAAUAAAUAAAAUAAAAAGCUAAGUGUAUUAGCUGAAGGAACCACAGUUCUAUAGCAUGUUUUUAUUGUUAAAAACUUAGAAACAACAGAAACCCUCUUGAUAAAAGACAUUGGAUACCAAAUUCUAUUUCUUCUUUUAAUUUUGUUAUUUUUUGUCCCUAGUACUGCUUUAAAACAUUUAGUGUGUUUUCUUAAUUUUAAAGAUAA